AUGGGCAAAUCGCAGUCAAAGCUCUCGCCAGAAGACCUGGCAGACCUCCAGAAGAACACUUACUUCGACAAGAAGGAGCUGCAGCAGUGGUACAAGGGCUUUGUCAAGGACUGCCCUUCGGGCCAGCUCAACCAGGAGGAGUUUGCGCGGAUCUACAAGCAGUUCUUCCCGUUCGGCAACCCUCAAGCGUUCGCGCAGCAUGUCUUCAAGGUGUUUGACAAGAACGGGAACGGCACGAUCGACUUCCGCGAGUUCAUCGCCGCGCUGUCCAUCACGAGUCGAGGGAAGCUGGACGAGAAGCUGCAAUGGGCCUUCCAGCUGUACGACAUCAACAAUGACGGCCUCAUCACGUACGACGAGAUGCUCAAGAUCGUCCAGUCGAUCUACGACAUGACGGGCGAGAUGGUCAAGCUCCCGCCGGACGAGGACACAGCCGAGAAGCGCGUCAACAAGAUCUUUGCGCUGAUGGAUCUGAACCACGAUCACCAGCUGACGUUCGAGGAGUUCAAGGAGGGCUCGAAGAAGGACCCAACGAUCGUUCAGGCCCUCUCGCUGUACGACGGCCUCGUCUGA